AUGUCGCCUAAGGCAAAUUGCAAAAACUGUUGGGAAGAUACAAUUAGAGUUUUGCAAAACGUAGCUGAUGGAAUUUUAUAUCUACAUGAGGGUUGGGAAGUUGAGGUCUUGCAUAGGGACAUUAAAGCUUGUAAUGUAUUGCUUGACAAGGACAUGAAUGCUAGGUUGGGGGAUUUUGGGCUUGCAAGGCUGCAUCACCAUGAACAUGUGGCUGAAACAACAAGAGUGAUAGGGACUCUGGGGUACAUGGCACCUGAACUUGUCCGAAUCGGGCGACCAUCAGCUGCAUGUGAUGUGUAUAGUUUUGGAGUAUUGGUUUUAGAAGUGGUGUGUGGGCGAAGAUCCAUCAUAGCAGAUCAGCCACCAUUGGUUGAUUGGGUGUUUUCCCUUGUGGAGAAUGGGGAGUUGAGUUGUGCUAUUGACGAGCAUUUGAAGGGUCAAAGUGGAUACAAUGCUGAGGAAGCUAAGAGGCUGCUUCAUUUGGGUUUGUUAUGUGUUAGUACAGACCCUGGUGUUAGGCCAACAAUGAGGCAGGUGGUGAAAGCAUUGGAGGGAAUAAAAUGCACGGAGUGUAACAAAGAUUGCAUCCAUUUUGCUCUGCUUGGAAAAAUAAACUCAGCAGCAUCAUGGUCUAAGAGUUCUACAAGUUCUGCUAAUGUAAAUUAUCCUACCUUUGAUGAAAUUUUGCAGGCCAAGUUUUACUCUACAGCAUCUUUAAGCGUCUCUUGUCCCAGUCCACAGCCAGAGUCAGAGUUUGUCUCAGAAGGAAGGUGAGAGCUGAAAUUGAUUCAAUCACUAUGUUAAUAUUAAAGAUUGCACAAAGCCGAGGCUGCUGUUGUCAAGUGACAAACAUUUCCAUUUGUAAAGUGCAAGCACUUGUUGAUCCAAAAGUGUUGGGUUUUGCUAGAAUAGUGAUCUCAAGUCUCCACGACUGAGGCUGCUAAGAUUUACAUAAAAUUGGGGUGCUAACUUUUUUUUUUUUUAAUUUUUCUUUGGUGUUCUAGUUCUUCGAAUACUGCUUAUGUUCAAAGUUCUUUCUUGGAUGAAUCUUAAAUGCAACAUAAAUUAAAUUUGAUAUAUGGUAUCUUAAUUUUCUGUAUGUAUUACUUAUGAAAACAAUGUUCC